UUUAUGCUAGCUUGUUGUUGCUGUUCAUUUAACUUUCAUUCUUGAUCCGGUGUCUGUGUUUUUAUUUUGUAUUUAUACUCAAAUUUAAUUGUUUUUUGUUUGUUAUUGUUGUUCAAAUAAUUAUUAACCCUCCUUGCUUUCAAUUUUGUUGUUUUUUUACUUCACUGAUAUUUUUCUGUUUCAAAUAUGAACAAGGUUAAUAGUAGGUUAAUAUCUUUGCUAAGGCAUGUAAAGCCUUCCAAUAAUAAUUUAAUACAGAGUAGAGGGUUAAGUGUCAGCUGUGUUAACCAAGCCAAGUUAACUGUUCGUGAUGCCCUUAAUUCUGCUAUGGACGAGGAAAUGGAACGAGAUGAAAAGGUUUUCAUAAUGGGAGAAGAGGUUGCUCAAUAUGAUGGUGCCUACAAGGUAACCCGAGGUCUAUGGAAAAAAUACGGUGAUAAAAGAGUUAUAGAUACUCCGAUUACUGAAAUGGGAUUUGCUGGCAUUGCCGUUGGAGCUGCUAUGGCUGGUCUUAGGCCGAUCUGUGAGUUCAUGACUUUCAACUUUGCCAUGCAAGCAAUAGAUCAGAUUAUAAACUCGGCGGGCAAAACAUUUUAUAUGUCAGCUGGAAUGGUUGGUGUACCCAUUGUGUUUAGAGGUCCUAAUGGAGCUGCAUCUGGUGUUGCUGCCCAACAUUCUCAGUGCUUUGGUGCUUGGUACAGUCACUGUCCUGGUCUUAAAGUUAUAUCACCCUAUUCAGCUGAAGACUGUCGAGGUCUUUUGAAAGCAGCUAUUAGAGAUCCUGAUCCAAUAGUUUUCCUUGAAAACGAGUUACUCUAUGGUGUUGCUUUUGAUACUCCUGAUGAAGCUUUAUCCCCUGAUUUUACUUUACCUAUUGGAAAAGCCAAGAUUGAAAAGCAAGGUUCACAUGUUACAUUGGUUGCUCAUUCUAAAGCUGUAGGAACUUGUUUAGAUGCUGCAAAGGAACUUGCCGGCAAUGGUAUUGAAUGUGAAGUCAUAAAUCUUCGAUCACUUAGACCUUUAGAUGAAGAAACUAUUAUUCAAUCGGUUGUAAAAACACAUCAUUUAAUAACUGUUGAACAAGGAUGGCCACAAUGUGGUAUCGGUUCGGAAAUUUGUGCCAGAAUAAUUGAAAGUCCAGCAUUUGAUUACCUUGAUGCCCCAGUGGUUCGAGUUACCGGUGUAGACGUUCCAAUGCCAUACACUCAAUCAUUAGAGCAACAUGCAAUCCCGGUAGCAAGUGAUGUUGUUUUAGCGGUUAAAAAAGUUCUUAACGUUGCAUGAUAUAGUUAAAAGAAACAAAUUUAGACAGAAUUUAAUUAAAUCUUUAUGCUAUCUUUUGUUUUAUCUAGUCUGGUAAUCGACCCAGAGUAUAAGUGUCAAAAAUGUUAGCCCGUUAAAGCGUUAACUUUUUUCCUCCCUUUUUUUCCAAUUGCCAUAGGUUUAUCAUUACUAAUCACGAGUACUGUACAUGAUAAAAAUACUUUUUCUUUUUCAAUGAGUGAUGAUAACCAUGAUGUUGAAAUAUCCUUUAUCAUCAUUAUUGUCACUAAUUAGAAAUUAUGAAAGUAAGAAAUGGAAUCAAACAGAAGAUGCAUUUUUGUCUUAUAAUUUUUUCCUGAGAUAACUAAAUUUUAAAAAUAUAAUUUCAACUUUAUCUUUAUUCUAACAAUUAAUUAUCAUGUGUUAAAGUUAAUUUUUGAAUGGCAUCAUUUCAUCGAAUGGCAAUUAGAAGUUUAAGUAGAUUAAUUAACUACCAGUUUUGUUAAAAGUAUUUAUCAAUUGUUUUGCACAAUGCAAGUUCACAAUAAAGUUGAAAUAUUUAAUUUUAAA